AUGCUGCAGGCGAGCUCGGAGCGGCCGGCGGCCGCGGCGGGCCUGCUGUGGGUGCCCGGGAUGAGCCCGUGGCCGACGAUGGACGCGGGGUUGUCGACGAGGGCGCAGGAGAUCGCGCGGCGGCGGGAGGAGAUGCUGAGGAUGCUGCACGACCUCCCCGAGUCCGAGUACGAGCUCUCGCUCACCGACCUCGUCGAGAAGGCCGGCGGCGGGGCCGACGGCGACGGCGGCGAAGCCGACGCUGCUGCUGCGGCUGCGCCCGCGCCCGCGGCGAAGACAGAGGGGAAGGACACGGCCGCGCGGUCGGCGUCUGGCGGGCAGCAGCAGGCGCCGCCGGCAGCGGGGAAGCCCGAGCGGAGGGCGUCGGCGCGGCGGCGGGACAGCGGGAGCGUCGGCGGGGGCAGCUUCCGCAGCAGCAGCGACGGCGUCCUGCUCAACUUCUACAUGCCACGGUCGCUCACCCGGAGCUUCACCGCGCCGCGCCACACCCGGACGUCGUCCGCCUCCGGCUGCCGGAGCCCCAGCGUCGCAUCCGACUGCAACAAGAGGUAA